AUGGGUAAGAACGAUUUCUUAACCCCGAAGGCGAUAGCCAAUCGGAUGAAAGCAAAAGGUCUGCAGAAGCUCCGAUGGUAUUGCCAGAUGUGUGAGAAGCAGUGCCGAGACGAGAACGGAUUCAAGUGCCAUUGCAUGAGCGAGUCUCACCAGAGGCAGAUGCAGGUUUUCGGCCAGAAUCCGCAUCGUGUCGUCGAAGGUUACUCCGAGGAAUUCGAGCAGUCGUUCCUCGAUCUGAUGCGGCGGAGCCACCGAUUCUCUCGUAUCGCCGCCACCGUCGUCUACAACGAGUACAUCAACGACAGGCAGCACAUUCACAUGAAUUCGACGGAGUGGGCGACGUUGACGGAGUUCAUCAAGUACUUGGGCAAAACUGGUAAGUGCAAGGUUGAAGAAACACCUAAAGGUUGGUUUAUUACUUAUAUCGAUAGGGAUUCGGAGACUUUGUUUAAAGAGAGGUUGAAGAACAAGAGAGUUAAGAGUGAUAUGGCUGAGGAGGAGAAGCAAGAGAGGGAGAUUAAGAAACAGAUUGAGAGAGCUGCUGAGAAAUUGAAUAGCUCCGGUGAAGGUGAAGGUAGUGGUAAAGAAACUGUGGAAGAUGAUGAUGAUGGUGAGAGAAAGAAAGAUGAGGAAUUGAGAUUGAAGAGUGGUGUUAAGGUUGGAUUUUCUCUUGGUGGAGCGGUUAAGCAGGUUACUACGGGUAAAGAGAGAGGAGAGAGCUCGAAAUACGUGUUUGAGGAAGAAGAGAGAGGGGAGAAGAGGAAGAAGAGUGGUGACUCGGGGAGAAGCGAGAAGGAGAAACGAUCAGCUUUGGAUGAGAUGAUGAAGGAGGAAGAGAAGAAGAAGGAGAGAAUGAAUCGUAAAGAUUACUGGCUGUUCGAAGGGAUAGUUGUGAAGGUGAUGAGUAAGGCUCUGGCGGAGAAAGGCUAUUAUAAGCAGAAGGGUGUUGUGAAGAGAGUGGUUGAUAAGUAUGUUGGUGAGAUCGAAAUGCUUGAGUCUAAGCAUGUGUUGAGAGUUGAUCAGGAGGAGCUUGAGACGGUGCUUCCGCAGAUUGGUGGGUUAGUGAAGAUAGUGAAUGGAGCGUAUCGUGGUUCAAAUGCCAAGCUGUUGGGUGUGGAUACGGAGAAGUUUUGUGCGAAAGUGCAGAUCGGGAAAGGUGUCUAUGAUGGAAGAGUCAUAAAGUCGAUUGACUACGAGGACAUAUGCAAGCUUGCUUAG